UGUGACAAACUGGUCUGCAGUGUUCUCACAGAGAGAGAGAGAGAGACAACGACAGAGAGAAAGACAGAGAGAAAGAGACUUGGAGAGAGAGAAAGACUUACACCAGACACUUCUCUUCAAUACGCAGCACUGAUUCAACAAGUGCAGCAGCCCGCUUGACAGAGUUUUUCUGCACUCGACAAACAGAGAGAUCUCAGCAGCACAGAGACAAGGCUCGACAAGGCAGACAAGACGCAGAGACAGAGAGGAAGAAGACCUUUUUGAGAUAAAAAAACCAAAAAAAAAAAAAAAAGAAGAACCCAACGCCAGAUGACCACCAACAUGGACGUGAAGGACAAGUCUCAGCUGCGGCUCCGCCUGGUGUUCCUGGGGGCGGCCGGCGUGGGCAAGACGGCCCUGAUCCAGCGCUUCCUGGCGGACACCUUCGAGCCGAAGCACCGGCGCACCGUGGAGGAGCUCCACAGCAAAGACUACGAGGUGGGCGGCCUCAAGGUCACCGUGGAGAUCAUGGACACCAGCGGCAGCUACUCCUUCCCGGCCAUGCGCAAGCUGAGCAUCCAGAACAGCGACGCCUUCGCCCUGGUCUACGCCAUCGACGACCCCGAGUCGCUGGAGGCCGUCAAGAGCCUGCGCGACGAGAUCCUGGAGGUCAAGGCGGACAAGUGCACGCCCAUCGUGGUGGUGGGCAACAAGGCGGACCGCGAGACCGAGCGGCAGGUGGCGUCCGAGGACGUGGUGUCCACCGUGGAGCUGGACUGGAACAGCAGCUUCCUGGAGGCCUCGGCCAAGGAGAACGACAACGUGGUGGAGGUGUUCCGCGAGCUGCUCCAGCAGGCGCACCUGCCCAGCCAGGUGAGCCCGGCGCUCCGACGCCGCCGCGAGACCUUCCCCAAGGACAUCGGGCUCCUCCGGCCGCCCAUGAACAAGACCAACAGCUGCACCGUCUCGUAAAGGUGGGGCCGUGGGGGGCAGCUCAAGAGGGAGGGAGCCAGGGCAGAGGAGGAGGAGGAAGACGAAGACGAGGAGGACGUCCGGGGGCAAGAAGCCGCAAGGGGACGAUGGGACACCUCCACACAGGAGAGCGAGACUCUGGGGGGGAAAGCCUCAGGUGGACAGGUGAACGCUCACGGUGGUGAGGUGACGGUGGUGCUCAGAGUCCAAGGUCGCUCUACCCCAUCGGAGAGGUGCAGGUGAGAGGGACACUGAAGUGAGGGCAGAGAGGUGAACACGUGGAGAGAAGACUCGUCUCACGAGGUGAACUGUGUCAUGAGAGCACGGCUGUACAGGCUGAAGAAGCCCUCAAUGGGCAAAUGCAUUUCAUAUGCUUUGUUUUCUCCUUUGCACAAGUCAUGGUGAUCGCUUCUGGUGUCCAAAACAUGAUCAAUGAAGAGCUUUUUUUUAUGUCCUUUUUUUAAAUUUGAAUGUGUAUAUUUUGUUCAUUUGCAAUUUGACUUCAAGACUGUUUGUCAAAGUGAACAUAUACUUAUAUUUAUUGAAAAAGAAGAUAAAAGUGCCAGGUUCAUCUCCUGGUUGUGAACAUGAACAUGUUUGUGUAAAGUGAGUGGAAUCUGUACAGCUGGAGGAUAUUGUUUACAGAACUAGUCCUGUCUGAAUUCAAAUUGUUGUCAAAGCAUGAAUUGAACUUCACCAAACGUAAGUGAGGUGGUUGCAGACGUAUGUCUAUUAUGCACUUUCAUUUCGAGUGUUAUAAUAUAUUCAACAGUUGAACCAAUUCAAUGUUUCGUGUAAAUAUGCUUUAGUUUUUUUUCUAUCAUCAUUAACUGUUAACGUGCAUUGAUUGUUAUAUGUGGAAUGAUCUUCACACAAUUAAAAAAAAAACGACG